AUGGCCGAAGCUAAAGAGAAUGGUGAUCCGGCACAAGAGAGCGAUUUUAAAGGUGUUGCUAAGCUUAUCGAUUUCUCACUCUGCGUAGCAUUGCCUCCCGGAGAAUCACAGUUGGAAGUAGAUACUAUUGUAAAGACGACAGGAUAUAUGGAUAGAGACUAUUUGACAAGUGGGAUUAUCACAGAGAAGGUCGAUGUCUACAUGUUUGGAAUUGUUCUCCUUGAACUCUUAGCUGGUCGUGGCCUUUCCCAAGUAGAUCAUAAAUAUAUUCCUUUAGUGGAAUAUGUACAAAACCACGAGAAUGUGUUGAGUAAAAUUUUGGACCCAAUAAUUUUAGAGGAGAGAGGCGAAAUAGAGCAUCAAUUGCAGGCUUUCUGGAGACUUGCUUUGAGAUUUGACGACAUUAACUAUGGAAACUGUAACUUCGUUGAGUUCUUUGAUUCUCUUCCAGCCCUUCAUAAACUGUACAUGGACUUCUAUUUUAUGCUGACUAUGAGUCAGGAAAAUACUGAUGCAAGUCCUGUUCUAGACUUUCUAAAAGUGCAAGACUACUCAAAUGUACUUUUAAAUCAACUUCAGGAAGUGAAGGUACUAUCUAUUACUGGCGCAAUUUCUAAGAUGACACUCACUAAGCUUUUAUUGGAGAAAUCGCCGAAGCUAAAGAGAAUGGUUAUCCAGCACAAGAGCAAUUUGUUCUGCCUAGCACCGAGAAAGUUAAUGUGA